GGGCUGAGGUAGUGUGGGCGCCAUGUCGCGGCGGAGGUGGCGCGGCUCGCAGAGCGGUGAGGGCGGCGGCGGCGGUUCUGGGCGCGGGGGAGACAUGGUGAAGAUGCCCGGAGGAGGAGGGGGAGGCGGCGGGUCGGGCCGGUACUACGGAGGAGGAGGAGGGCCCGAGGGAGGCCGCGCCCCCAAGCGCCUCAAGACCGACAACGCCGAGCACGGGCCCGGAGGAGCCGGAGGAGGAGGAGGAGGGGAGAACUAUGAUGACCCCCACAAGCCAGCUGCUUCCCCUGUUGUCCACAUCAGGGGUCUAAUCGAUGGUGUUGUGGAAGCUGAUCUCGUGGAGGCCCUGCAGGAAUUUGGCCCGAUCAGCUAUGUGGUGGUGAUGCCCAAAAAGAGGCAAGCCCUGGUGGAGUUUGAGGAUAUCUUGGGAGCCUGCAGUGCUGUCAAUUACGCAGCCGAUAACCAGAUCUACAUUGCUGGGCAUCCGUCCUUUGUCAACUAUUCCACAAGCCAGAAGAUCUCACGGCCUGGUGACUCCGAUGAUUCUAGGGGUGUCAACAAUGUCCUGCUUUUCACCAUCUUGAACCCCAUCUAUUCCAUUACAACGGAUGUGCUGUAUACGAUCUGCAACCCAUGUGGCCCAGUACAGCGAAUUGUUAUCUUCCGAAAGAAUGGGGUCCAGGCCAUGGUGGAAUUUGACUCUGUGCAGAGUGCACAAAGAGCAAAGGCUUCUCUGAAUGGAGCAGACAUUUACUCUGGCUGCUGUACUCUGAAGAUUGAAUAUGCCAAGCCCACCCGCCUGAAUGUGUUCAAGAAUGACCAGGACACAUGGGACUACACCAACCCCAACCUCAGUGGACAAGGUGAGCCAGGUGGAAAUCCUAACAAGCGGCAGAGGCAGCCUCCCCUCCUCGGGGACCAUCCUGCUGAAUAUGGAGGGCCUCAUGGUGGCUAUCAUGGGCACUAUCAUGACGAAGGGUACGGCCCUCCGCCACCUCACUACGAAGGCAGGCGGAUGGGCCCACCGGUGGGGGGCCGCCACAGGGGACCGGGGCGCUAUGGACCUCAGUACGGGCACCCCCCGCCUCCACCACCACCCCCGGAGUAUGGCCCACACGCUGACAGCCCCGUCCUGAUGGUGUACGGCUUGGACCAGUCUAAGAUGAACUGCGACCGGGUCUUCAAUGUCUUCUGCCUUUAUGGGAAUGUGGAGAAGGUGAAGUUCAUGAAAAGCAAGCCUGGAGCAGCCAUGGUAGAGAUGGCAGAUGGCUAUGCUGUGGACCGAGCGAUCACCCAUCUCAACAACAAUUUCAUGUUUGAUCAGAAGCUAAACGUGUGUGUGUCCAAGCAGCAGGCCAUCAUGCCAGGGCAGUCAUACGGUCUUGAGGAUGGCUCGUGCAGCUACAAGGACUUCAGCGGUUCUCGGAACAACCGGUUUUCCACUCCGGAGCAGGCUGCCAAGAACAGGAUCCAGCACCCCAGCAAUGUCCUCCAUUUCUUUAAUGCUCCUCUGGAGGUGACCGAAGAUAAUUUCUACGAGAUUUGUGAUGAACUUGGGGUGAAGAGACCAGCUUCAGUCAAAGUGUUUUCGGGGAAAAGCGAAAGGAGCUCCUCUGGUUUGCUGGAGUGGGAAACUAAAGGCGAUGCUUUGGAGACCCUGGCGUUCCUCAACCAUUAUCAAAUGAAAAACCCAAAUGGGCCAUAUCCGUACACACUGAAGCUCUGCUUUUCCACCGCCCAGCAUGCCUCGUAAGUUCUGUAGGUGUUUGCCAAGGAAGACUUCUCCA